AUGCAUCUUCUUGCCCUUCUCACCUUUCUCAAGGCUUCACAAGCCCUGCUUGUCCCCCCUCCCCCAGGCCCCUUUGAUGUCGCCGUUAAAAACUUCGAGCUGAUCGACACAAACCGUAUCGACACAUUUGCACCCAAGCCCAACACCAAGCGCCGUAUCAUGGUCUCGGCCUACCUCCCUAUCGACGCCCAGUACGGCUGUAAAGACGAAGUUGUUCCAUAUGUGCCUGCCCUUACUGCAAAGGCCUAUGGCAAGGUGGCCGGAACUCUUGGCCUUCCGGAAAACAUAGUUAAGGAUUUUGAGAUGAAGGUGUGCAAUAUCUCAAGUGUCAAGCCAAAGAGGUUUCAUAAGCCAAAGAAGGAAUACCCCGUCGCGCUUUUCUCACCAGGUUACCAAGGUUCAAGGCUUGUGUAUGGGGCCAUGGCGAGGUCGCUUGCAAGUCUUGGAUAUAUCAUUCUCACCGUGGAUCACACCUAUGAAGCCUUUGUGGUUGAGUUUCCUGAUGGAACUGCUGCAACUGCUGCUGAGUUUCCGGAUAACAUGAACUCGACAUAUCGACAGCUCGAGGUCCGAACUAAAGAUGAGUCCUUUAUUAUCUCGCAACUCUGCAACCACACACUUGUGGAGCAGGUCUUCGGUGACUUCCCUGGUACCUUUGACUCUCACAAAGUUGCUGUAUACGGUCACUCCUUUGGUGGAUCAACUGCUGCCGUCACAGCCCAGCGCGAUCGUCGUGUCAUAGGAGGUCUCAACUUUGACGGUCCCAUGUAUGGAUCUGUAGUUGAAGAAGGCUUGAAGUGCACGCCAUAUAUACUCGUUGGAACAAACAUGACAGCGCCUGAUCCAGUUCCUGGCUGGAAUGCAUUCUACGACAAGAUUGAUGCUGCCAAGAUGGAGAUGGUGGUGAAGCACACGCGUCACUAUGCCUUUACAGAUGUUCCGUUGCUCUUGACCGAGUUCAAGAUUCCAGCCAAGUCAGAAGCUAAUGUCCAUGAGGUAUUUGGGACCCUUAGUGGAAGAAACGUUGAGAAGGCGGCGAAUGAGAUUAUGGUUGGAUUUCUGGACUUGGUGCUUAAGAAAGAAGCCAAGAAGCUCAAUGCUAUUGGCAAGAGGGACGGAAUUCACGUUCUUCAGCGCGAUCUUGCAUAA